AUGCAUUCUGAAGGGGUGACCUGCUUUACUUGCGCCGGGUCCAUCGAACCUACUAGGGUUGAUCCCUCUGCCCCUAAACCCCAUGCAAUAAAGAAACGGCUGCUCCGUUAUGGUAAAAUUUGGAAGAUAUCGUGUUGCGGCGUCAUGGUAGCAUACUAUUUGGUAGAAAUACUCGUUCUGCUGUGUUUCAACGUGAGGCAGUCCCCAAGACACUUGAAGCAUACUCAUCAAGACACUAAAUACCCUACAGACUAUAUCUUUGUUUAUCAAAAUUUACAACUAACAACAGCUCAGGGGAAGCCCCUACCUUGCUUGUCUGUUCAUCCACUUAUGUGGGUCAAUGGACUUUUGUGCACCAACCAAAGAGAGUCUACUAAUACUGUAGUAACUAUGAUGCUAUACCUUUGGUCUACAUUAGCUGUGGCUUCAUCCAUGAUCAGUAUCCUGUUGUUUCUUAAAAUUGCCCUGGCUAAGCAUAGAAGUUGCCUUUCUCCUGCACUAAAAUUUCCUCCGCCCUCUGACACCAGGAAGUCUAAGGAAGGAACUGCUAAUUUCAACUCUACCUGA